AUGGACGUGGACGUGGACGUGGACGUGGACGUGGACGUGGACGUGGACGUGGACGUGGACGUGGACGUGGACCUGGAGGUGGACGUGGAGGUGGACGUGGACGUGGAGGUGGACGUGGAGGUGGACGUGGACGUGGACGUGGACGUGGACGUGGACGUGGACGUGGACGUGGAUCGUGGACGUGGAGGUGGACGUGGACGUGGACGUGGACGUGGAGGUGGACGUGGACGUGGAGGUGGACGUGGACGUGGAGGUGGAGAUGGACGUGGAGGUGGAGGUGGACGUGGAGGUGGAGGGGACGUGGACGUGGACGUGGACGUGGAGGUGGACGUGGACGUGGACGUGGACGUGGACGUGGAGGUGGACGUGGACGUGGACGUGGACGUGGACGUGGACGUGGACGUGGACUGUGGACGUGGACGGGGACGUGGAGGUGGACGUGGACGUGGAGGUGGACGUGGAGGUGGAGGUGGACGUGGAGGUUGGACGUGGACGUGGAGUGAGGUGGACGUGGACGUGGACGUGGACGUGGACGUGGACGUGGAGGUGGACGUGGAGGUGGACGUGGACGUGGACGUGGACGUGGACGUGGAGGUGGACGUGGAGGUGGACGUGGAGGUGGACGUGGACGUGGAGGUGGACGUGGACGUGGACCGUGGAGGUGGACGUGGAGGUGGACGUGGAGGUGGACGUGGACAAGGACACGUGGACGUGGACAUGGACGUGGACGUGGACGUGGACGUGGACAUGGACGUGGACUGA